AUGUUUGCAGCUCAGGAGGCUUCAUCAAAUAAAACCGCUGCAGUGGCUACUUCUGCCUCAGUGACCACAAAAGAAAAGGUACAUGUACAUCUGUAAAUGUGGAAUAUUAUAAUUAUUAUUAUGGUUUUAGAAGCCAUCUUGUCAGGUUUGGCAACCACAUGAGAAAUAACAGUGUUUUAUCAUUUAUGAGGACCUAAUGUCGAUAAUUUCCGUAAAACAGCCGUUCUGAAAAUAAAUAAAUUGUAAACUAAAGCUACACAAAUUUUAGGCACCAUACCUGUGGUUAAAUUUCUCCACUCGCUUGCUUUAGAUUUUCCAUAUAUUAUUUGUCUGCAACUUUUCCCAGGAAAUUUUAGUUGGCAGGAAGAUUAAUUUUUACAGACAAAUGUAUGGAAAAUUUCAAAAAGUCAGGUUCUAGCGCAGGUAAUGCACUCAAAUUUUUCAGUAGAAUCCUUAGGAGUGAAGCUUUAGUUUACAAUAAUUUCUUUUUUCAGAACAGCUGUCUUACGGAAAUUAUGUAUUUGACAUUAGAUUCUCAUACAAACACUGUAAAAUUCCCAGGAGCCAAUGGGUUAAAUAAAAAUGUCAAAUAAUAGUCAGGCAUAAAAUAAUUAUAUACAUCAUCAUCCUUAUUUUUUGCAGUCAUCUUUACCCAAGCGAGGAGCCAACACAAAAGAAAGUGAGGACGACUUCUUUGAGCCUUGGUCUAGCAAAAGAUCAGGCAUUCUAGCAAAAUACACAACAUCAGAGAAGCUUUCUAUUACUACAGUAAGUUAUGUUACUUUCAAGUUAUUUUAAAAUUGUCUCUGGUGGUGGCGAUACAAAGAAAGUUUAAUUUUCUUUUAAUUUGAAAGGCAAAAAGCAUCAGCAGCUAAAACAACAAAAUCUAAAUAAUGUUAUUGGUCAAUAUUUAGCAUUUCUUAAGACAUCUAUUGUUUCGGGUAAAAAUAAUAUUAUUCAUCUUCCUUAAUAAUAUUACCAAAACGCCCUUUCGAAAUUGUUCAAUCUUAGGGUUAUAACUCGGAUCUACAUUUAAAGUACAUUACACAAAGCCAGGAUAAAAUGAAAAUGUUUUCAUUUUAUUUUCCUUUUCUUUAGAGUUUCUUGUCAUCCAGUGAUAAAGAUAAAUGUAAGUAAAAUGACUUUGACUUAAGUAAAUGAACCAAAAAAAAAGACAAGUGCCAGUUUUCUCUCUCACACAACCACUGGCUGAAUAGUCAAAGGAUUAGAGAGGUGAGAUUGGAUGUUAGCAUAUAAAGGUGCACUAUGCAGCCACUUCAGUCCACGUCUGAUCUCACUUCGCCCACCCAGACCAAUUAUUGUACUGAAGUCAGAUAGACAGUGACACAGAGGCCUGGGCUCCUGCUCUUUCUGAACAAUGCCAAUGCCUUUCUGACUGAUGUGUAAGGAUGGAGGAGAGACGAGAGAAGGCUAAUGGCUUAUUGUCACUUUUCCAUGUUGGGAUCAUCCAAACUGAGAGUUUGUUUUAGUAAUCAUAGCUAGUAUGAUUUUAACACUUUUUUUAAGACCUUGGUUGGUGGUCUGGCUGGGCUUUGACCUCCUAAUCAGCAGACCAGCACUCUAACAACUGAGCUGACUGUUGGACAGCAGUUUUGCCACAAUUAUCUGCCAAAUUUAAUGUCUGUAAUUUUGCUUUUCUUAAGACAUCCAUCCUCUUUCUGCAGUUUUAAUUUCAUUAAUUAUUGUGACAUGAUUUAUGAUCUUUGUUGAUCCAAAAAGAGGAUUUCCUUGGAGGAGAUAUUGUUCUUAGUAAAAUUAUGUAAAUUGCAACUUAACAUAAUUGACAUUUUAUUUACUAAUUACUGAUGUCAUUACUAAUGAUUUAUUAGACAGAAAUCAUGAAAGAUGAUUGUUUUGGUAUUAAUAAUUUUUUUCUAUUAUUUUGACAUCUUUCUUUUUCAGUUGUUAUCAAGCAGCAAACAACAGUCACAGAUAAAGUGAAACACAGGCUGGAACAGCUGGAUGACUUUGAAGAAGUAAGCAAUCCAAGAUUUAAAACUCAUCAUAAACAAGAAUUAGAGCCUUCUCAUUCUGUUAAAGUGUUUUUAAUCAUCUUUCAGAUGCAUCUUAAUUGUUUUUCUUUUUUUCAAAUCUAAUAUACCAUUUUAAAUUGACUACAGUUGGGACCAUAAUGAUUGUUCUUUUUUUUUUUUCAUUUUUUUUAUUCCAAGGGUUCUGUCAAAGAAAUGCUGAAUCUUAGUCAACAGGAUUAUGUCAAGAGAAUUGAAGAGCUGAAUCAGGUAAUGUUAUGGACUACUCUAAUGUAAACUGAGCCGCAAUGACUUAUAAUUGACGGUUCUACUGGGCGUGUUCCAUCUUGUGGUGUUGUCUUCCCGCUCUCAAAGUGUACUUUGACCCCUUCUUUAAAUCUUUACGCUACCUCAAUUUUUCCUGUCAAAUUUUUAGACCAGUUAUGAAUUUGCAUGAUCUAUUUCACGUUAAGACAUGUAAUAGGGAAAAUGAAGAGUAACGACUUGUUUGAUGUUUUGAUAUACUCAAUAUCAUAAUUAUAUGGAAAAAUGUGUUUAAAAAAGUUGACUUUGAAUAAUAGGGGCAUAGCCACCUGUACACACGGUGCAUGCAUGUGUGUCUGAACAAAUCUUGGAGGGCUGGAGGAGGAGGGGGGGAGGAGGAUGUAGAAAAUUGUGCAUAGCCAGGCUGGCUAGCAGGCUACUCCCCUGAAUAAUUGAAUAUCAUUAGAUGGCAUUCCUUUGUGCUUGAUAUCAUGAAAAUUUAAAAAGUGCUGAUAGAACAGUUAUGCGCAAAUCAAAUCUGAUCACUGAUUUAGUGAUUGUUUCAUCUCCUGCAUAAACUACAAAUUUUUGUGAACAAGGUAGUCAAGUUUUCAAGUUUAUUCUGGCUCUUUUAGAUGGCCCAAAAAUGUUAUCAGCAGCUUAGUAGAUGUUGGAAACAGAAAAGUAUCAAAUAAUACUAUGUAUACUGUACUCUUAAUUUUUCUUGUGAUUAUUUCACUGGCCUAAACCAUUCUCCACCCAGGUUGUUAACGAGCCUUCCACAAAUAUCUACCCUUGAACUAAUAUGAAUUGUUUUGUUGGCUGUGAACAGGCUUUAAUUUCAGCUUGGGAAUCAGAUCAGAGAGUGAAGGCUUUAAAGAUUGCUAUUCAGGUUAGUUUAGGUGUGGUUAGUCCAGCUCCUAAUCCAGUUAUCUGUAUUUUGAUGUAAGUGAGCAGCUGCAAGCAUGGACACCUUCUGUUAUCCUUUAUGAGGACAUUCGCUGAUGGUACAGUGAUAGCUUGGAUUUACUAACAAAAUUUCCUAAUUAGUCUCAAGCCAAAAAUAUUCAAACCUUUAAGCCUCAAAACUAAUGGAAAAACUCUCCAGCUGAGACUGUAGUUUAAAAUUUACAGUAUCUUACUAGUAUGCAGCAUUGUAAGGUCAUUUUGGUAGCAUUAACAACAAACCUGGAAAACAAAUAAACAAUUGAACAAGUUGAGUCAACCAGGCUGAGUUUUUGUAGCAUGCCAGACUUACAGUCUGGAGGUCUUGGGUUUUACCUGUUGCUUUGAGGACUGGUUGUGGUGAGUUUCUGAGCUCCUCAGUCAUGCAUUUCUUGGCAAGUAGUACAGGGUGUAUGCCUUCUACCAGUUAAGAUAUUUAACCUUGUUAAUUUAAUUUGGAAUUAUUUUGUUCAACAUUUUUUGCCUUACUUGACUAGAUGUACUGUACUUACUGGUAUUUCUAUUUUAUAUUGUUGUAUUUCAUUUGCCGGCAGUGUGCUAAGCUUCUUGCGGAUGUGUCUGUAAUUCAGUUUUAUCCCAGCAAAUUUGUUCUUGUUACAGACAUCUUGGAUACAUUUGGUGAGUUUGUAAUCAGCAGGAAUUCCCUUAGCUCAGUAGCCGGAAUGAUGGUCAGUGUGAAAUAUAAACUUGCACCGAGCAAAUUUCCAAUUUAGUCACCAAUGUUUUUUGAUUGGUGACUAAACAGACACAUAGCAAAUUGAGUUAUUGUGCAAACAUUUUCAAAACUCCAAAACAUCCGCUUUCAUAUAUAUUUUUAUUCACGAUUCACGCUGGUGAUUUUUUGUAUUUUUAUAUUCCAAUUGUCAUGAUCAAAUCUGUUCACCAUAUUUGACAUCCCAAAAUAAAGAUAUUUUCUCUUUGAAAUCAGGCGCUGGUGUGUCUGUUCUUUGACAGGUCGUAGGUACAGCUGUAAUAUUAAUGCCCAUCGAAUAAACAUUGUAUUAACUUGUAUUAGAUUCUAACUGGUAUGCAACCAGUGCUUUUCCUCUGCAACUUCUUCAUUUGAAUGUGCGGGCUUCUUCAAUGUAUGUCAUGUUAACUGCUCUUUGCAUUGUAAAUCUUAAAUCAAGUGACUUUGUUUAAUGGUUGCAGGGAAGCUUGUGUAUGAAAGAAUAUUCCGCAAAUCCAGCACUUUUAUGCCAGGAAGUAAUAUGCCAACCAUGCUUCCAGGUAGGAAAAAAUUAAUGGUCUGUAAUAAUAUUGGUAUCAGUAUUAUUAAUUAUAUAAAAAGAAAGACAAGUCUUUAUUUUGUCUGUGAGCAAUGUUUAUGCUUCUUUUGGUGAAUGGCUCUUUAACUGAGUCAUGUUCUGGCUGCAUGUCUUCUGUUAGCGCUGAAGUGACUAACGUUCCAUCGCAGGUCACCUUAUUUUAAUGUUUUGUCUUAAGAUACAUGUAUUGUCUUUAUCUUUUCCCAGAACUUUGUUUUUACUAUCCAGUUUAAUUUUUAAUGUUUAACGGCAUUACAUCCAUUAUUUUUUGUUUGUCAGAAAAUUUCACCCCUGACCAGGUACCCGACUCUGCUAAGGAAACCUGUCGAAACUGGUUUUACAAGAUUGCCUCAGUGCGGGAACUUAUCCCUCGAUUGUAUCCUGUUCAAACAAUACUUUUGAGUACCUUUCACUACAAAUUAGUACUUGGAGACAAAGCCAUUUUACCUUCACUCUGAUACUGCCAGUUUUUAAAACAAUAUUUGAUUAUAAGGUAAAAACGAAGUAUGAAUCGCAUUUCUUUUGUUUCCAAGAAGGAAAAAGCACAGCGCCUGGGACUGAAUACAGGGAAUGUCAGGGAGUGUUUAACACUCCAAGAAAAAUUCUUCAAGUAGCAAUUUUGCGCAUUUUUUUUAACCCCUUCCACCAUUUUUUGGAACAAACAUGCACUUAUUUUGUUGGAACAUGAUUUCUGUUUACUGGUUAUUCAGUCUUGAUAACUUACCUUGACUUAUUGAAGCUAUGUGGAGACGGCAAUCCUGAAAUGCUACAAUUUCUUAACAUCUGGGUAAGUUGCGCCCUUAAAUUGUUUUACGUGUACCAAAAAAAAGUCAUUAUUGCUCUAUAGUAUUGAAUGGCUUUUUUAGCUGGAUUGCAAACUGUACUAUGAGUCGUCAUGUUCUUGUAAUUUCAGAGAGUUCUCACAGGGUCUUGUUCGUCUCACAAAGAUGAUUCGCGGCAUUGGUGAUCCUCUUGUGGCGAUAUAUGCUAGGACCUAUAUCUGCAGAGUGAGUGCAGUAUCUUACACGUUUAUUUAACAUUUAGGUAUUUAUACCAAAUAUUCAAGUUCGAAGGAUACUUUACAACCUACUCCGAUAACGAUCCAGUUUAUUUUAAUUGCGAUCGUUUUAGAUAUAAUAAAGAAAAAAUGGAAUCAAAUGCUUAGUAGUUUGCUUCAUGUAAUAUUGAGCUCCUUAAUGGAACUGCGUCUGAAAUGAUCUUUGAUUUUGUCAGGUUGGUAUACUCGUCGCACCUGAUGUUCGUGAUCAUCUGAUUGAGAACCUUUUCAGCUUCAUCGUCAGUUAUAAACAGGUAUUAAAUUACGCAUAGCCAACACGCUCAAGUUAGUAGCCUGCCGCUGCGUAACUAGCUUUUCCUCUCGAGUUACUGUACGAAAGCUGAAACGAGAGCAAAACAAGUAAAUGAAAGGGGGAGGGGAGGGGAGAGAAGGAAACGCUUGCCAGUGGGGUUUGCAGGCAAGCGUUUCUUCUUCGCCCCUCCCCCUCCCCCUACCUAUCUCACUCCAACUUUCGCUCAAUAACUCCAGUGGAAGCGCGGCUUGCCACGCGGGCUACAAAAAAAGUGGUCAUUCACAGUACAAUAAACAAAGGAGCCGUUGAGAUCUUAAAGCAAGUGUAGUCGGUGCAAAAUCCUGCAGGAAGGAUCGCGCGAGAAUAUUACUGUUGGGUAUGGUUUUCCUCGGAAACAAAUUAUACUUUGUCGAAAAUGUUAUCCUAUCCUUUCUUUUUUAUCAUUAUCAUUUUUAGCUUCAGAGCGAUACAGUACAGAAUAUCCUUGCUGAACAACGACUUGGUGAGUACAAGCGAUAGCCAGAGGGAAUGGUAACAAAAACUCGGCAUUAUUGAGAAACCACAACCACGAGCGAUGCCAUUUAUAGAAGACUAUAAAAGACAAUUUUUUUACUGUUAGCCCUUUUCCGAUGUUUUGAAGUAAAUUCAGCUGGGCUUGACUUUCGGUCUGCAACUUAGUCCAGGGCAUCUACCAUGACUAAAGGUCUCGUUACCAAUGAUAACAUCGCUUGUUCACUAGAGGCAAUAGGCGACGGCAGAAGCAAAGAAAACGUCGGCAAAGCAUCGGACGUUUGGCUGAUAAUACAAGGGCAAUGUUUGAUUUCUUUUUCUUAUCUUCGAUACAGUCCUUGUUGAGUAUUCAGACUAAAGGAUCUGCUUACAGUUUACAAGUUGAGCAAGUUGGAAUGAUGGUGAUGAGUUCAGUUGAAGAGACGCUUGUCAAUAUUUCGUUACUGUCGUCCUCGUCGCCUCUUGAGAAGGGAGGGAUCGUACUGGACUGGAUCAACCCUGUAACCCCGUUAUUUAGUGAGUUACAAGGGUUGAUCCCGCUAUCUGGCCCGAUCUUGGUUUUGUUUGGUAUGUCUAUAAAAUACUUUUGGACAUGUUGGCCGGUAAAGACAACAUUGUUUUCCUUGUGUAAUUUCAGAGAUGCCUCAGUACCUUCAGCUGUAUCCACCUGCUUUAGACUGGAUCUUACAGUGUAUUGCACAAAAGAGCCCUGAAGUAAGUCACAUUGCAAACUGCUUUUGUUUGAUCCCCCUUGCACAAUUUCUAGACGACUUUAUUACUAUCGCAGGCAUAAACCAUCAUCAUUCUAGACACCUAUGAGUUUUCUUGAAAAUUCAACAAAAAUUUUUAAAAAAACAAUUAAGUAAUGGUUAAAAGGGCCGGAGAUAUUGAACUAAAGUGUGCUUGUUUGCUUAUUUAACCAGUCCACCCUUACCGAUAUUUUGAAUCGCUGUAAGCAAGAAUGUAACAGGUCAGUAAACCAUCUGCUCGUGCGGUUCAGCUGUUUGCUUGAUCUGUUCCAGGUUUCCCCCUCAAGUUUUGUGUUUUUCUUUUUAUCUCAGUGCUUUGCUGUUAAACUCGAUUAUCACAGCAUUCAAACCAGAAUACAUUGCAGAAAGGUACGUAUACAGUUUACUCCAUAGACCGCUGCGGACUGCUUGUUGUGAGACACCUAAAUACUCGGAGAGACUGUAGCGUGCGAACGGAGGACUUUCUUCGCCAGAUCCCCUCACAAUACAGUAAUUCUACCCGUUUGCUUGAGUGUCAAGGAAGGGUUGAAAAAAAGAAGAUAUCUAAAAAAGGUAGUAGGUCAACACCAAAGGGGUAAAUGGGAUCAAGCAAGACACUUUUACUGUCAACCACCUAUUAUUAACGUAGUGUUGUGGUAUUCAGAGUAUUUUUUUUAUUUCGCUCUUUAACACACAAGAUACUGCGUACAGGUUAAUUUACCUUCAGUUUUGCAGCACUAAGAGAACCAAACUAUCCGCGUGACUUGUGUAACUAUUUUUCAAUACAGGGCUUUGCAGUUCACUGAACUCAUCAGGAAUUGUGAGGAAGCAGGUUUUCCAAAGGUAACUGUGACAUUUUUGCUUGUUACAAAUGCGGUGUCUUCGAUUCCUUUUCCAAGAGUAGAUAAAAAGAUGAAGGCAUUGUAUAACAUGUUUUGCUUUCCACAAACAAAGUUAUAAGAAGGCAGUGACACGGUAGCAUUUGGCACACAAGCCAUUAAUCAGUUAAAACACACAGCCUGAUUAACACAAAAACUACAGACUUGGUUUAUUAACUGUUUUAAUUGUUAUUUUGUUUAUACUUAGCACCACCUUUACAGAUCUCUUGGACUGAAUUUAAGUCUUUGCGAUCCUCCUGAAUCACAGAGGUUACAAAUUUUGAGCGAGGUAAUUUACGUGUGAUUGAUUUUCAACUUCCAUGUGUGCCACUGUUAGAAAAACGCUGAAAAGUUUGUCGUUUGCUCAUUAGCCAUCUUAACUUUCCGAGAGUUUUUCUGCGUGUUUGUUGUUUUAAUAUUCAGUUUAAAAACAUGCAUGUUAAAAAAGAAACAUGUUAUUUUUGGUGGCUUGUGACGUGCAAUUACGGGCAAAAAUUGAACGAAUAGACGUGAGUUCUUUCGAGAGCGAUAAGAGUUGAGGAGAUACCUCAAGUGUGAUGUCAGGCUGCUACUCCGCCGGUCCAGCAGUCGGUAUUUACUAGCCCUGAACUCUUUCUGUUCUAAUUUAACUAAGACCACUUUGACAAUGCAUUUUGUCAUAAUCUGUGUACAAUAUGAAUUAAUCAAGCACGUUGUUUCUGUUAGGUCUGGAAAGUGGUGAUGAAAAUGAAAGACCCGGCGGUGAGUUUGACUUCCUUUGACCAGCAAGGCUUGUUAUCAUGAAACACUUAUGUUUUAUUAAGUCAUAACAAACAGUCUCAAGUGGAAUAAAUUCGUAUCACGACAAAUUUCCUGAUCCUGUUUUAUAAAAACGACCAGUAGACGCAGAAGAGUUGAUUAUUCCUUCAAUUCUCCCCAGAACUACAUCAGCUGCGCAGAGGCCUGGAUCGAGUACGUCUGUAAGCACUUCACAGUAAGUAACCAGCUACUGCCUGAUUCUGUGCAUUGGCCGAUUUUUAUCACUUGUUUGCCCCCUGAGAAUCCACGUGACAUUGCUCUUAUCCCGUCAGUCCUUAAGCGCGUGUAAAGAUGGUGAGUGUUGUGAAUAAGGUCUAUUGAAGAUGAUUUGGCGGAACCCAGUAAAUGUAAUUAAGGUUUUAAAUUUUUUAGAGUAUUUCACAGGGGCGUAGCCAGGAUUUUUCAAAGGGGGGGUCACAGCAGGGACACCAUCCGGGGAUCGCCGACUAUAUAUGGUUUAUAGCGCUGCUCUCCCUCGUGUAUCAGCGGGCUCAGUUGUAUUAUCGCGGCAUGAAGGCCCAUAUUAACAAGAGCCGUUGACGAAAAUACUUUACAAAAAAACAAAUUUUAAAAAAGUGGGCUUUUAACAAUGGCUUUUACUGCGAAGAUAUUGUCAUGGCGUUUUCGCCACCUGAAUAUUGUAGGUUGUUUGCUCAAAAGAAGGCCUACCAAGGGGAGGUCACGGGCACCCCAGGACCCCCCCCCCUAUCUACGCCCCUGUUUCAUCCCUGAUGAAUUAGUAACACAGUGCAUAAAUAAAGAUUACCUACCUACCUACCUAUUUUAACAUCGAUGGAGGUCAGCAUGUUUUAGCUUGUUUUAAACUAUGAAUUAUUUUGAAUGAAUAGUAAAACAAUUAUUGAAUUCGGCUUUUGUAUCAUCUGAAAAAUUAUGGAGUUCUCGGAGGGUGUUAUCCGCCUCCGUCGGGUGUAAUGGGCCUCGGCGGAUAACGUCUUUCGUGAGGUCCAUAAUUCUUAAGUUGAUAUUCAGCCUCAUCCAAUUAUUGUUAAUUAUCCAGCCAAAUUUGCCAGAAGGAUACUGUCUUUUUAUUUGACAUUGCAAAAUUGACGCGAUUGCCUUCAUAAAGUUCAAUAAAAGGACGAGGACCGUAUAAUCUUUACCCAGUUUUGUUGGUUAGCGUUGUAGUACAUAACUGAGGAGGUGUUCCCAGAAGAGAGGGCAUAAACGAGCCGGCAGUCGGUAUUGUUUCACUUAUCAUAAGCGUAGCCAAAAAGGUAACAGAAAGGGCAUUAAAAGCAUCCUUGUUGUUACCUAAGUAGCUAUCUGAGCAGUAAGUACUGGAAAAGUUCGUUUAUAGUAAUUGCUCGUCAGCCCCGUCUGCAACCCUGCUUAGCACACAUGUUCUAUUCAGGACGUGUAGACAGGUCGUCUAACACUCGUAACUAUUACCAUGUGUCAGUAAAGGCUAUUGAUUGAAUGAUUGAGUGAGUGAAAUGUGCAGCAUUUCAGAAACUCCAUUCUUUAUUUUUGAAACGAAGACAUUUCGAAAUAAAUCUUAUGGUUAAUUUAAUUUAUUUACUUUACUUCCUUUGUUCUCUUUAAAAGAAACGCGAGAUAAACACCCUCCUCGGUGACGUUGUCAAGCAUAUGACACCAGAAAGAGCAUUUGAACAUCACUAUCCUCAGGUAAAUAAUUAUGUUCUAUAUGAGUAUCUCUUCUUAGAGAUUUCAGUGCUUCGGCUCGCAUAUAUAAACGGUGCAUUCCAUUAAUUUUGUUUUCAGCUCCAAGCCAUCAUGUCCAAAGUACUGGAUCACAUGCAUGACUUUUCAGUUCUAGUUUCUAUGGUGAGUGACUUCUUUCUCGUAGUUCUUUCAGAAAGUCUUAAUUUAUAUGAACGUGCCUUAUGGUAAGAGUUGUAACGAAUGGUAACAGCGCUGGGUCAAGGCGGUCAUGCUGGUCUACCCUUACAAUGAACAAUUAGUGGAUAAGUCAGGGAAUUAGUAUGACUAAAGAAAUGAUUCAGAUCGAGAAGGAUGUUUUACUAUUGAACGAUUGAAGUAUAUCUUCCAGUUUGGUCGGCUUUAGGCGUCAUGAAAAAUCAGCCGGGGUAUUAAAAAUAGAAAGAAAUGGAGAAAUAUUUCAGUGGAAUAGUGAUAUUAAGUGUUUGCACAGAGCAAAGCAUAUUUCCCAGACGGAAGAGAUUUUAUUGUUUGAAUGUCUAUGUUGAGGUUCAAUUUUAUCCUUGAUUUAAAUUUUCUAGUUUGUUUUACAAUCAUUUUCAUACAUUACCAUACCCUAAAACAAAGGGAAAUAAGAUUUAAUCCAAUGAUAAAAUUGAACCACAACAUGUACACCGACUUGAAAACCGUGACAUUAUUUGAAUUCGCCCUAGACUGAAUUUGUUUGUUUGUUUGUUUGCUUUUUAAUUGUAGGACAAAUUUCUGCCUUUCUUGGAUAUGUUCCAGAAAGAAUCUAUCAAAGUAGACGUGUGUAAAGUGAUCGUGGAGGCAUUCGUGAAGUGAGUAGCUCAUACAGGGCAAUGUCUACAUUUUUAAUCAGGUUGUUGGCUAUCACAGUUUAGCUUCAGUUUUCAUUUUCAAUAAGCCUUUUUAUUGCAAACUACAAAUCUAAGCUAGUGUCAUAACCGGCGGUUUCCCGUUUGCUGAGAGCUUCGCUGUAAUGCGUACUAGUACAGUUAAUGGCCUGGUACCGAUCAACGCUUGAAUCUCUCUUCCAGAUCACGUUUUUAAAAGUCAACAAGUUUGACUUACAAUUUAAACUUGUAAGAACUUUUAUGCUGCUUCUUUGCUUAACUUGAAUAACCCGCUUAAUUUUUAAUCAUUUUGUUUUUUUGUAUUUGUUUGUCUUUUUUUACCUAUAAUGGUGUGAAACUUGUGAUAUGUCGCCUUUGAUGUGUAGAUUGUAGAUGUAGAUUUUUAAAAAACCUUAAAGGCUCUUGCGAUUCCUCGUCCACGAGAAAUAGAAAGGACUGGAAACAAGGAUAAUAAAACAAACAAAAGUGACGAUGAGCAAAAGCUACAAAAACGUAUAAUAAAACACUUUCUCAUUGUACAGGAUUAACAGUUAUAUUGUUAGUAAACGUGAUUGUGUUGCAGAUAUCAAGAGGGGACCUCUGACGACCCAGUUGUGGUGAAUGCCUUGUUGUUUAUCUGUAAAACAUUGCAUGACUCUGUCAAGUAAGUAACAAAGAAAGUUCACGGUAAUAUAUAAAAUGUUAGCUUGGACAUGUACAUAGUGGCUUGUCUUAAAGGUACACCAUUUUAUAGUGCAGUGUCUUUUAAUCAGCCUCGGCCACGUUUAAAUGGCCAGGAAGAAUUAAAUAUGGCGUUUUUCAUGUGCUUGCCAGUUCAGAACAGGACAGGAAAAUCUGUAAAUAAUAACUUUGUUGUCGCUGCCUGGCACUGAUGGCAGUGACGUCACUGUCAAGCUUGAACCUUAUCCCGGUACCUUAUCUUAAUUGCCUUGUACAUUCAAGUUUCCACAACUGAAUUGAAAACAAAACGCUAUUCUGAAUAAAAGUAAAUUUCAAUCAGUUUGUAUUAUAUUCGAUUUUAAGCCUCCAAGCACUGUUGUUCCGUUAUUUCCAAAGAGAGGCCAUGUUGUAUUCAAGGUGUCUUUUUAUUUGACAUUGCAAAAUUGACGCGAUUGCCUUCAUAAAGUUCAAUAAAAGGACGAGGACCGUAUAAUCUUUACCCAGUUUUGUUGGUUAGCGUUGUAGUACAUAACUGAGGAGGUGUUCCCAGAAGAGAGGGCAUAAACGAGCCGGCAGUCGGUAUUGUUUCACUUAUCAUAAGCGUAGCCAAAAAGGUAACAGAAAGGGCAUUAAAAGCAUCCUUGUUGUUACCUAAGUAGCUAUCUGAGCAGUAAGUACUGGAAAAGUUCGUUUAUAGUAAUUGCUCGUCAGCCCCGUCUGCAACCCUGCUUAGCACACAUGUUCUAUUCAGGACGUGUAGACAGGUCGUCUAACACUCGUAACUAUUACCAUGUGUCAGUAAAGGCUAUUGAUUGAAUGAUUGAGUGAGUGAAAUGUGCAGCAUUUCAGAAACUCCAUUCUUUAUUUUUGAAACGAAGACAUUUCGAAAUAAAUCUUAUGGUUAAUUUAAUUUAUUUACUUUACUUCCUUUGUUCUCUUUAAAAGAAACGCGAGAUAAACACCCUCCUCGGUGACGUUGUCAAGCAUAUGACACCAGAAAGAGCAUUUGAACAUCACUAUCCUCAGGUAAAUAAUUAUGUUCUAUAUGAGUAUCUCUUCUUAGAGAUUUCAGUGCUUCGGCUCGCAUAUAUAAACGGUGCAUUCCAUUAAUUUUGUUUUCAGCUCCAAGCCAUCAUGUCCAAAGUACUGGAUCACAUGCAUGACUUUUCAGUUCUAGUUUCUAUGGUGAGUGACUUCUUUCUCGUAGUUCUUUCAGAAAGUCUUAAUUUAUAUGAACGUGCUUUAUGGUAAGAGUUGUAACGAAUGGUAACAGCGCUGGGUCAAGGCGGUCAUGCUGGUCUACCCUUACAAUGAACAAUUAGUGGAUAAGUCAGGGAAUUAGUAUGACUAAAGAAAUGAUGCAGAUCGAGAAGGAUGUUUUACUAUUGAACGAUUGAAGUAUAUCUUCCAGUUUGGUCGGCUUUAGGCGUCAUGAAAAAUCAGCCGGGGUAUUAAAAAUAGAAAGAAAUGGAGAAAUAUUUCAGUGGAAUAGUGAUAUUAAGUGUUUGCACAGAACAAAGCAUAUUUCCCAGACGGAAGAGAUUUUAUUGUUUGAAUGUCUAUGUUGAGGUUCAAUUUUAUCCUUGAUUUAAAUUUUCUAGUUUGUUUUACAAUCAUUUUCAUACAUUACCAUACCCUAAAACAAAGGGAAAUAAGAUUUAAUCCAAUGAUAAAAUUGAACCACAACAUGUACACCGACUUGAAAACCGUGACAUUAUUUGAAUUCGCCCUAGACUGAAUUUGUUUGUUUGUUUGUUUGUUUGCUUUUUAAUUGUAGGACAAAUUUCUGCCUUUCUUGGAUAUGUUCCAGAAAGAAUCUAUCAAAGUAGACGUGUGUAAAGUGAUCGUGGAGGCAUUCGUGAAGUGAGUAGCUCAUACAGGGCAAUGUCUACAUUUUUAAUCAGGUUGUUGGCUAUCACAGUUUAGCUUCAGUUUUCAUUUUCAAUAAGCCUUUUUAUUGCAAACUACAAAUCUAAGCUAGUGUCAUAACCGGCGGUUUCCCGUUGGUGAGAGCUUCGCUGUAAUGCGUACUAGUACAGUUAAUGGCCUGCUACCGAUCAACGCUUGAAUCUCUCUUCCAGAUCACGUUUUUAAAAGUCAACAAGUUUGACUUACAAUUUAAACUUGUAAGAACUUUUAUGCUGCUUAUUUGCUUAACUUGAAUAACCCGCUUAAUUUUUAAUCAGUUUGUUUUUUUGUAUUUGUUUGUCUUUUUUUACCUAUAAUGGUGUGAAACUUGUGAUAUGUCGCCUUUGAUGUGUAGAUUGUAGAUAUAGAUUUUUAAAAAACCUUAAAGGCUCUUGCGAUUCCUCGUCCACGAGAAAUAGAAAGGACUGGAAACAAGGAUAAUAAAACAAACAAAAGUGACGAUGAGCAAAAGCUACAAAAACGUAUAAUAAAACACUUUCUCAUUGUACAGGAUUAACAGUUAUAUUGUUAGUAAACGUGAUUGUGUUGCAGAUAUCAAGAGGGGACCUCUGACGACCCAGUUGUGGUGAAUGCCUUGUUGUUUAUCUGUAAAACAUUGCAUGACUCUGUCAAGUAAGUAACAAAGAAAGUUCACGGUAAUAUAUAAAAUGUUAGCUUGGACAUGUACAUAGUGGCUUGUCUUAAAGGUACACCAUUUUAUAGUGCAGUGUCUUUUAAUCAGCCUCGGCCACGUUUAAAUGGCCAGGAAGAAUUAAAUUUGGCGUUUUUCAUGUGCUUGCCAGUUCAGAACAGGACAGGAAAAUCUGUAAAUAAUAACUUUGUUGUCGCUGCCUGGCACUGAUGGCAGUGACGUCACUGUCAAGCUUGAACCUUACCCCGGUACCUUAUCUUAAUUGCCUUGUACAUUCAAGUUUCUACAACUGAAUUGAAAACAAAACGCUAUUCUGAAUAAAAGUAAAUUUCAAUCAGUUUGUAUUAUAUUCGAUUUUAAGCCUCCAAGCACUGUUGUUCCGUUAUUUCCAAAGAGAGGCCAUGUUGUAUUCAAGGCUUAGAUGUUGUGCCGUUUUACGGUUGAUUUUUCUUUAGUAACUCUGAUUUUAUGUAACGUUAUGGACUUACAUGGGCAUUGAUUGUAUUUUUCUCACGUGCUAUAGCUUGUAGUGUAAACCCGAUUGUAAACCCCACUUUUCUUAAAGUCCAGAUUUUUCUGGAGCACAUUUUAUAGUCCUUUUCUUUUAUUUUAACAGCGCUUUAACUCUUAUUGACGAGAAAAGGCUUCUUGGUCAUCUUAUCACUGGAUUUCUGCGUAAGGUAGGUGUGUUGAAUGCGCCUUGAUGACUUGUUCUUACUGAUGAUGAUGUUCUGAUGAUGUCGGAGAGAAAGGGACAAGGCAACCAUGUAUCAGAACGGAGAGUGAUCGUGGGUUGAAACGGUAACUUAGCAGAAGUAUAGUUUCCACUUCCGAUAUCACUUUCUGUGUGUUUAGUUGCCUCCUUUCCGUCAAAAUACAUGUGUGACCAAGAAAAAACAAGGGUACUGUAGGUUGCGUGCAGGGUAAACCAUGUAACGGCGUUGCCUUGUAAUUCGUUGUCACGUCUUAAUGUUGCAGAUUGACUUUGGUCGUGAUUUUGAAAGGCAGUUGGAUUCGUAUGUGGAUGCUCGUUCAUCGUUCUCGAAUCUGGAAAGUGUCCUAGUAAUGCUCGUUCAGGUAGUAGCAGACAAACAACCAAGCUUUGAAUAUUGGGUGUGGAGGUUCCCGGGUGACUAAGGUCCUGUCUUACCUUGAUCUUUUUAACAGAGUGUGAACUUGCUGGCCAUGAGGACUCGCCAAGUAGUAAAAGGAAAUCAUACUCGAAAAACCUCCUCAUUUAUCAGGGUAAGAAUGCUCUAUACAUCAGCAAAUUCUCUGAAGCAUGACCGGGGCAAACAGUCCAAAAUAUCCUAAAUCUUAUUCUGAAUUUUUGGUACAUGUAUUAAUUUUCUGAACAAUUGUCUUCUUGACCGAGGUUUUUAAAAUUGUUUCCCCUUCUGUGAACAUGGUUUAUAGCACGGCAGUGGCUAUCAUAAGCGGAUUCAGAGGGGGAGGUCUAGGGGCUCCCCCAUAGCUGACAAAUGUCCAUUCUGCUCUUUCUGAAUUAUCUGGAUCCGCCCCUGGCUAUGAUUAACCUUUCUUGGUUGAAAUGUUAGGGGUCAAUUUGUAAGUGUAAUUGUAAUUGUAAUUGUAAAGAAUUUGUAAUUGUAAUUUGUAAUUAUAAUUUGCUCACCAACGGAGCACUUAGGAGUUCUUAUGAACUCGUUGAAACGUGUCCGUGCGUUCGAGAUCGAAUUGGAAUUUGAGCAUGUUAGUUUUUGAGGAGAGGGGAAAACAGGAGUACCCGGGGAAAAACCUCUCGCAGCAAAGGAGAGCACAAACAACAAACUCAACCCACACAUUGCGUCGACGCCGGGAUUUGAACUCGGGCCACAUCGGAGGGAGGCGAGUGCUCUCACCACUGCGCCACCUUGGCCCCCCUUAGCUAUUUGCACAAAUCAUUUCUUAUCUUUCCUGGCAAAUCGUCGAAAAUUGCGUACAGUCAUUGUACAUUAACCUGACUCCGCUCUCAAUGUACCAGAUUAAAGGAAAAUAUAUUAAAAAUAACCACUAUGUAAGAGACACGGAACUAGGAUUUAGCUUCUUUUGGAGUUUUAAUUGUAUCUUUCUACACUUCCGCAGGCUUGUGUGGCGUUCUGUUUCAUCACUAUCCCCUCCAUAGAUGAUGUUUUCCUCCGCCUCAAACUCUACCUCCUGUCCGGGCAGGUUGCCAUGGCAAACCAAGCCCUAAGUCAAGGUGAGCAGCGGUAAACAAAAACGCGACCAAACCAACUGAAACCUCACUGAAAUACUGACCUCGCUUCUUCCAACCUUUUUGCGAUUAUUCCGUCUUGUUCAGUUUUCUGAACGUUGAGAGGGGAAUGCGUCUGCGUCAAGACAGAGGCAGUAACAUUUUUCGGCUUGCUAUUCUCGUUCUCAACAAUCCUAAAAGUUGCCAUGGUUGUUUCAACAUGUCGUAGUUGUGCAGAAGACGGCAAAGAAAUUUACAGAAGAAAGCGUGUUGAAACCUGCAAAGUUUUUUUGAGCAAUUAAACCAUUGUUUUUUGACGCUCCCGAUACCGUCGCCGUAGAUGUUUCGCUAGGUCCCUAUUUCAAUGCCAUACGAACAAUUUCUAGGAGCGUACGGAUUUUAGUACACGCCCCCGAAGCUAAAGGUUCCUGCGAAUCCGAUUGAACUAUAAUUUACCAUGUUUUUUUCUACUCUUUCAGCGGAUGCCUUUUUCAAGGCCUCCAUUAGUCUUAUUCCAGAAGUACCUCGUACGAUUGGUAAGUCUGGGGCUCAGUAUUGAGUUGUUGUCCUCUCCUUGAUAUUUCCUGAUUCACAGAACGUUAAAGGGUUGAUGAUGAUAGCAUUACAGUGAAACCCUGCUCUACGGACACCCGCUUAAUACGGACAGGUCAUAAAUUUUCUUUACAAUUAACCGGCUUGUUACGGACACCUGUUAAUACGGACAACGGACACUUUUCUGUAUUCCGAGCCACAAACUCUCCUGUAUUUUGAACCCCGCUUUUCGGACACUGGUUAUCCGUGCACUGUCUAUUCUCAUUGUGUGCUAAAUGUCAACAUUGUACUCUGUUCAAAGAAUGAAUUUCUACGGGUUAAUACGAUUUUAUUUCAUUACUCAGCUCGUCUUUCGUCCGCUGUUUGACCCUACUACUGUGGCUCUUUCAAAAACGUUUUCUGCCUCCCAUUAAACCAUUUUCACUUGCUUGGCUUUCUCCUUCAGUCACUCGUUGCUCCUUUGUAUCUUUAUAUCGAUAACAAAUGUGUCUGUGACUUUAUUUUCAAAGAGCCCGCUUAAUACACUCACCUGAUUUUCUGAAUUUAAGGGAUGUUUGUUAUAGUCUGAUGGGUAAGGGCAGUACUUGGUACAACCUCAUUUUAACACUGAGUGGAUGCAUAAAUCCUUUUCAUUUAUCGCUAGCAAGCUGAGGAAUAAGAUAUCGUUAUUUAUUAGAAGCUUCGAUAAUGUUUAAGUAUUUGAAAAGGCUCUACAAAAGUUAAAUUUAGAAUCUCUGUACUAGCUUUUAACUUUUAUUUGUAACUGGAGUGAUUUUACUUAACCCGUGAAACAAUAUCUGACAGUUAGUGCCAAAUCGUUACAAGCUAACAAAAGAAAACAAUGAAAUCAGAGUGUAAUACUGCAUAGUAGUCUACUAUCUAUUUCACCUUUGAAGUAAAAUCACUGUAACUUAUUUUAUCAUUACUACUAUUUUUAAUAUAUGAAUAUAUAUUUUUAUGUUGUAAAUAAUAGAUAUUGGAUCUUACGUAGUUUUAGUUUUUACUUAGGUCUUUUUCCUAUAUCACGUCCACGUUCGAAAGAGCUUUAUUGUAAGCUCCUAGGUGUUUACGUGUACAAAUAAACUACUUAUUUACUUACUUACCCUGAUAAUAAGGACACUGUGGCGUGUCCCCUUGUUGUCCGUAUUAACCGGAUUCCACUGUAGUAGUCUUGGAAACUAAACAAAUACUUUCUUCCGUUUAGCCACACCAUAUCGUUGACGAGAACGGUUUAUUUCCAGAACGCAUGAUACAAAAGGCAGUAAAAAGGGACAAAUGAUGUUGAUCUUCUGGAUUCAGGGGGAUUAUUUUGCAUAUUUACUAUUGGAAAUGCGGGAUACCUCUCUUGUUCCGUAGUGCGUCUAAAAAUAUUUCGUUAUGAUGGAACACCUUACGCCUAGUAAAGCACUUAAGGUUACUGUAACAUCAGUAAACGUAAAUGAGAGCAAAGUCUCCUUAGACUGAUCUAUUUAUCAUUUAGAAAUCGAUCACAAGGUGAAGCCCUCGGAACCAUUCCUUGUGGAGUACAUGAACAAUUUCUUUUCCACUCUGUUGGUGGUGCCGGUAGGUGGUGUAGUACUUGUGUUAUAGUUAGAACAAGCACUAUUGCCUUAUUCUUGUACUUGCAGCAGUAUGAGUACGUCUCAGUUUUCAGAAUAUAAAAAGUCCUUCAGUUUUUCUGUUGUUAGUAAUUUUAUUUGUUUGUUUUCUUAAACUUUUGUUAGUCUGCUUAUACGCAGUUCAAAAUAUGAUUUAUUUCAAAUAUUUCAGCUCAAGAUCAAGGUGAUUUUUAUGUAAGAAGUAAGAGGGGUUGGUGUCAAAAUAUAUCCAUCCACCACUGUUAAUUGAGCUGAUCUUCGUGUUUUGUUGAUUGUAGGAUUCACCUGAUCAAGGAGCUUUGUAUCUGGUGCGAGGUCUGCUGAAUGUUGUGCAGGAAUACACCUGGGAGUUACAUGGCGGCUCUAAAAUGACCAUUUAUCUCAACGCCAUUGGCCUUCUUUCCGCCAUGAGUCAGGUUAGCUUUAGUUUUUUAGAAGACAGCCUCACUUCAUUUUGAUCGCCAGUUACAAAGCCACUCUGACCUGUGUCAAUACCUUAUUUCCCCAGGAUUAUUUCAUCUAUCACGUCGAAAAAGGUAGGAAUUUUUUAUUUGGACGCGACUGAAACACUCUCAAUGUAAGAUAAAACUCUGUCUAUUGACACAAAUUUUCUCUUUCUUUCUUUUUGUCCGCAGUGGAUUCAAACGACCGACUUUACGGUUGUGACAAGAAGUUUCUGGCGGAAAUCAGUCAUAUAGUUUCUACGUUAAUGGAGGCAGUAUUUGAGCAUUUGAAAUCUCUAACGUCUGACGAAGUAAGUGCAAUUUGUCCAUCAGUUGUUUGAAGUACUCUGUCUUACCGUAUGUUUUGAUGUCCUUAAAUCAGCCUCAGUUUAAGAACUCACGCUUUGAGGAUACGAAGGUAACAGAUGAAAUCAGAACCAAGGCUAGGUUGGGGGGUGGGGGUUGGGGGUGUUCUGUCAUACUUUUUUUAGAUCUCUUUUACGUUAUACCCCUUCGCGUCAAAGGAAGCUGGAAAAUAGAACGCCUCUGUAAUAAUUUGACGUCAUGUUAUUUGUUGUUCUGUAUUUCCCAAUUAGGAGUUAAAAAAGCAGGCGGCAAUUGCCAUUGGAUUCUUUAACAGGUAAAUGCUCAGUAUCUUUCCGUAAACACCGCUUGAGUCAAAAAUAAGAACCGAUGACGUAGCUAAGUGGGGUCUGUUCUUGUUUAUUAUAAGGAUGGUGUGCCACGCUGACCUUUUGCAGGCUCAGUUGCAAACCCUGGCGCUGAAUUUGUGGAAUCUCGCUCAGAAGCACGGUUUUGGCAACACUAAAUACACAGUAAGUAUUUCGCUGGGUGUAUUAGUACUUUAAAAUGUGGUUUUAAUCUCGCAGUCUGAGUGAAAUACUAAACUGUAAAUAUCUAAAUGAGAGCAAAAAAAAUUGCCUUUCAUUUGAGUGUCAAUGUAUUUAGCACGGUAGUACUAAUUGGGAACCGCCAUUUUACUUGGUCAUCCGAGCCACGCCAAGGUUUAGCCAUUUGUAGGGCAAAGGUAGUGCUUUCAUUUGUCAGUCAUUUUAAGACCCUGAGGGUUGGUCCUGUCCCGGGAAUCGAACCCGCGACCUCCCGCUCUGCCGUCAAGCACUCUACCGACUGAGCUAAUCCUGCUGCGGCAAUUGAACAGUGCUUUCCUUUGGAAUUAUCUCGAAUCGGACGCUACAUUAUGCAGCGCGUACGCGAGUGAAGCGCUAAGAAAGGUUAAGUGAAUGUUGUACAUUGAUGAUCGUGUAUUUGGACGUCAACAGGUUCGCACUUUGGAGUACGUAAAGCAGAAAGGAGCCUCUGGGAGCAAGGAAUUUGCCGCGAUAGCUCAGAAAAUGAACCUGCAGUCAAGAGCCUGAUACAAGUCCUCAGUGGAAUUGAACCAUUUUAUUGAUUAGUAGAAACAGUUUCUUGAGGACGAUACAUGUUUAUACUACUGGCGGUGAUUUAAAUCCUUUUUACUAAGGGACCUGGGAAGAUUUGAAGCCCCAGUCCGUUUGCUCAAGGUUGAACAGUGAAUGAGUAAUUGUAAUGGUGUUGUUAUGCCCAGAGAUGCAAGUAAUAUCGAAUUUUACAAUUUGGCAAAAUCUCACCAAAUCUGUUUAACUGAUACUCUGAGCUUGGUUAAAUUUUCGUUAUAUUCACGGUGCCUCUUUCUUUACUAAAUUAUCUGUGUUUCUGGUGCUAUCUGGCUUCAUUAGUUAAAAAGUGAAACCAAGAAGACCAUAUAGGUACUUCACCUGGGGUCUGACAAUGAAACUGCGGAAAAAAGGUUGUGAUUGCGAAAUCCCGUUCUGUCUUACUCACAUUAGAGACUGAACUAACCCAGUCUAUACCAGACUUAUGCGCGCGCAGAUCCAAACUACGGUGACACUGUGUUCCUUUGAAUAUUGAAAAUAGUAACUUGAUAGAUUAUUUUAUUGAUCAGAUUUUAAAUAGCUUUUUUGCAUUGCAAAUGUAAUGUGUAAAAGAACAAAAAUACAGUG